UCACCUCAAGCUUCCGGCGAAGACCGUCGUCUUCAUUAUGACAAAGGCUCAUCUGGUUUGUACUUGUACUUGUUACUUCUAUGCCAGAGUGCCAUAUUGGGAAUCCAUUUCCCCAGCUUCAAGAUGGUCUCCUUCUGUCUGCAAUCCUGGCUUUCGGUUGCAAGAAUUUUAAGGGCGUCGUUCUACUGAAGAGAGAAGAGAAGGACAUGACGCAGCGUGGUGUCUCUCAAAUCUGGUUUCUGACCAUGGACCAUUUCGAUGAAGAAAUGGGUCUAGGCCAGUAGCAGGGGAGUGACAGUGAUGUCAUCAGAGAGCUUGAUAGAGCUCCGUCAGCAGGGAGAAAAGCCAGGUGCCACAAAGAGAAAGGACAGACAGCAUGUCCAGAGAAACACACAACAGACAAUGGAGGACCAGGACCAAUCAGAAGAGAAGAGGGGCAGCCCAUUGAAUGCUGGCAUUGAGGCUGUGCUGUUGCAUGUGAAUGGAGAUGAACAGCAGAAUGUGGAAAACAGUGAGUCAAGGAGGAGAAGGCGGGUCGCUCAGAAGAUGCACAAAGGGCAUGUGAAACACACAGAUGGAACCCUGCCAGUGAGUGUCUCAUUUGUUGAGAGGGACAGAGACAAGCAUCCUGAAGAUCCACAGGGAACUGGACCCUUCUUCUUCUUUGGGGGGAGCAAUGGGGCCUCUAUAGUUGUUUCAUAUUGUGAGAGUCGAGGCUGGCAGCGGAUAUAUGAUAAGACCAGGCUGGACUACAAGCUGAAGUGGUGUGAAACUAAAUCACCUGCUACCUACUACAACUUCAAAGCAGGUGGACAGUUGCUAUACCAGAUACCCAAUAACAAGGUCCUGACCACUAAGAUUGGCCUUCUAAACAGCCUACGGGAGUAUGAGAGAGUCAACAGCAAGGUCAACUACGGACGUGGAAACAGUUGCAGGAGGAUGAGAAUGGAGGAAUAUUUUCCUGUCACUUUCCGCAUGGAUAUGAAAGAUGAGAGAGAGGCGUUUUUUAACGGAGUAUGCAAUGAUAAAACCAGCUUGUGGAUCUGCAAGCCAACAGGACUUAACCAGGGGCGUGGUAUUUUCCUGCUGCGGACACCAGAAGACAUCACAGGAUUCAGAGAAAGACUGCAAAACACAAUAGAGCAGCAGUCGGACAGAAAGUCACCUUUCAGCAUGCCACAGGCCCGGGUUGUUCAACGGUACAUCGAGAACCCAUUGCUACUAACUGGCAGGAAAUUUGAUGUGCGGUCAUACUUUCUAAUUGCUUGCACCUCGCCAUACAUGGUGUUUUUUCGCCAUGGUUACGUCCGAUUGACAUGUAACCUUUAUGACCCCAACUCCGACAAUCUCACAGGCCACUUGACCAAUCAAUACAUGCAGAAGAAGAAUCCUCUGUACAGUCUACUAAAAGAGGAGACAGUCUGGUCCAUGGAGCACCUCAAUACAUAUAUUAAUGAAAUGUAUAUGGUGCCAAAGGGUCUACCCAAAGACUGGGCUCUGGGUCCUUUUGCAAAAAGAAUGCAGCACAUUAUUAUGCAGUGCUUUCAGGCUGUCAAAGCUAAGCUGGAUUGCAAACUUGGUUACUUUGACCUAAUCGGCUGUGACUUCUUGAUUGAUGAGGAUUUCAAGGUCUGGUUGCUAGAGAUGAACUGUAACCCAGCGCUGCAUACUAACUGUGAAGUACUGAAAGAUGUGGUGCCUAGGACAGUCACUGAGACCCUUGACCUAACUUUGGAAAUCUUUAACAAGUCUUGCUGUGGGCUGAAGCUGCUGCCCCUGAACAGUCAAAGAGACUUUGUUUUGCUGUACAGUUGUGAGACUACGCCCAUAACCAACCAAAAGCAAAAAACUGCAGGGUCCCUCUCGACCUUCCAACUAAAGAGCAACUCCACCCACAAUAACACCAACAAAACCGACAGAACCAUUGCCAUAGCAGCAGCAACAACAACAACAACAACAGGGAAAUUAACCAAUAGUGCCAGCAAAUCUCAAAUUAGUGCUAACACAGAAACUCAAGCCAAACUUGUUUUCUCAGAUGCUACUUUGUCCAAUACGGGCCCACCAACUAAGCAUCAUUUAGGAGCAGCAGCCAUAACCAAGAAGAACCUGACAUCCAAAUCAAAUGAAACGAAUCAACCUCGACCACACCACCCCAAACCUGUCCAGACUCGUGUAGUGUUAAGGCUCAGAAACUGCACCUGGCAGCCACCUGCAAUGGUCUCCAAACUCAACGCACCUCCACAAUCAGUACCGGUAAGAAGUGCUAUCAGGUCUCUGUCUACACCUGCACUAAGCAAAGGCUCAAAACCCACACAAAGGCUUGACGCUCAAGGCCGCCAGAUAGACAAAGGGGAACACAUGAGCUGCCACCUCAAGACGUCCAAGAUUCAUCUGGCUAAGCCAUACUCCCUCCAGACUGGGUGGACAGAAAAGAAAGAACCCAGAGAAAAUGAAAAAGAUGACUGAUGACAUCAAGAAAGAACUACGCUAUAGUUAUAGAUCACUCAAUGCUGAACUCAAAGUUAUUAUGAGGGAUUAUUCUCAGAAUAACCUGAAUCUGACCGAGUUUCUGCUUAUGACUAAUUCUGUUCCUUGUCAUUAAUUAAAUUGCCAUAAUUUGCCAUGACAAUUUGCAGUGAUUCAAAAUUAAAAAAAAAUAUAGUGACCCCAAAGUGUAUUUGGACACUUAAUUCACACUUAAAAAUGUCAGGAGAUCACAAAAUAUCAAACCAAGUGCCAUCUGCGAAGAAACGAUCCUAUACAAUAGGCACCACUGGUUAGUUACGGAUUACAUGUAAUCUGGAUUAUGUAACAAGAUUACAAAAAUUUAGUAUUUAUAAUUGGAUUACUUGGAUUAAAGUACAUUUUAUAAUGUGUGUAUUUAGAUUACUUACUUUUAUGGAUUACAUUAUAACAUUGUUGAUUUCAUUAACUACAGACAUUGGCAAUAACUAGUGCAUAAUUUACUAAUUAUGCUCCUGAAUUUUAAAAGAGUCAAAGCCUGAAAUACAUGAUAAAUCUAGCUAUAUAGCAUUAUAUAUAUUGAGGACAGUGCGGUCCCGUUCCUCAUUUGACCAGAAAUUUGACAUUCAAAGAGACUUGGGGGAAAAAAUAACUGAGUAAUGCAAUUACAAUUUUGUAAUGCCUUAUCUAGCCCAAAAAGUACUUGGAUGUUUUGUACAGUAUAUAUGUUUAUGUAAGGAAUAACUGACAAUGGACCGUUAAAUUGUUUAAAAAUAAUGAACACCCGAGGUGGUAAUGACCGUUACACCACGGGUGUGCAUUAUUUUUCAAUAAUUCAACGGGCCAGAGUCAAUUAUUCUGCAUAUACCACGGUUACCACACCUUAAGACAUCGUUCAGGGUUUUAUCUCAAGACAUUUUCUGAUUUUCGUCCCUAAAACGCUCUUAUGAGAGGAACUACUUUCUUUCGACACAGAUUCUGCAUUCUGCUUUAAUACAGUCCGAACCUUUGUUGCUAAUUCGAAAAUGUCACGUUAGAACUAGCAACGGAGGCUUGCACUACUUUACUGGAGCACUUACUGGAGUAACAAGGUAGUGCGUGUGUGAAUUAGUGCAUUUGUUCAUGUGUGAGUUUGUAUUUGAGGGAUCGAAAGAGAAAAACUUCUGGGAUUACUUUUAUUUGUUGCAGCUCUCAUCAGAAGCAAUCGCUUCAAAAUAGCCAAGAUGCAUGUUGCCAUAUUCCCGUUGUAAACCUAAAUAACUUUUUUCAUCCCCACUGAGAUGCAGGAGUGCGCUGAUGUUACCUGUGUCAAUCAUGGGAGGAUGAGUUAGUAACUGUAGAAAAUGAUGAAAAACAACACAGUUUAACAUCUGCAACGUUCUGGCGCUUUCUUUAAUUGCUUCAACCUUUUUUCUCUUUUGCAGGUAACAUGUAAGUAUAACACUUUAACAACAUUUCCUUCUACAGGUCAACUUCUACUCUAUGGAAUUGCGACUAAUAUAAUCAUUUUAAAACUCAAUAAUCACUUCUAACCUCGACAUACAUCAUCAAUGAACAUUUAUGAAUCUCUCACAUGUUAAUAUUGGUGAACAUUGGUCUACAAAACUGUAUUACAUACUUGUAGAAAAUAAUGAAAACACAGCUUAACAUCUGCAGGGUGCUGGCGCUUUCUUUAAUUGCAUCAACCUUUUGCCAGUACAUAAAUUCCUCAUCACUCUAGCGUAAUGCCACCUACAGGCAACUUAAAGACACUGAACUUAAAUCAAUGUAACUCUGGAACACUUAAAAACUCUGAUUUAUAUAAUAAAAAUGAAAGGAGUGUCUAAAUGUUUUUUGUUUUUUUUACCUUAACUUUGUCUUUCACUGUCAGACUCAUUUUCAGUCUGUCACACUGACAUGACGACUCUGUUUUUCUCUCACGAGUAUGUUUAGGCCUUAAGUGUGUGCGUUACAUUCAAUGUUUGUCCACGAGUGUGGGAGUGUGUGUGAGAGAGGGGGAGCGCGAGGGGUUUCCCACAGAUAUUUCAGAUAAUAUAGAAACUGUUGUAUUGAUCAAGUGUAUCUAGCUUUGAUUCAGCUCAAGCCUUCGUUGCUAUUGCGAAAACGUAACGUUAGAACUAGCAACGGAGGAUGCGCUGCUUUUCGGCAUAGAAGUAAAAAGUGUGUGCGUUUGUGUGUGUGCAAGUGUGAGCGUGUGUGUGUGUGUGUGUGUGUGUGUGCACGAGAGCUCUUUUUAACUGAAACUGAAAUAAAUGUAGUAUAUUUUAGACAUUGUUUUGACUUUUUUAUUUUAUUUUAUGGAUUUUCUCCCCUUUUCUCCCCAAUUUUGGCAUGCC